AUGGGCAAUCCGGACAACAUCCAUAUCUUCCUGCAAGCUACAAAAUUUGCCAUCUUGGAAAACCUAUCAACCACAACAAAGAUAGAAUCCGAGGCCCUUUGGGUGUGGGGUAAACCCAAUACAGAAUCCAUGUUGACAUCGAGCCAAGGAGCUUCAGAAAUAGGUAAGGGAGUGUACAAGCCCACAUUGGUUUACUCAGAUUAUUCACAAUACCUAGCAUUCAAUGAGAAACAAGCUACGAGAGCUAUGAUCGAUUAUAAAGCCCGUCUAGAGUCCAUGAAGAGUAGAAUGUCGGGUAUCAAUUUGUGGAAAGCAAAUGGUCGUCCAUCACCUUUAUUGUUAAAGAUGAUGAGGGAUGUGGUUUCUGGGCUAGUGCAUUUGCAUGAAUUGGGAAUAAUUCAUCGCGACUUAAAUCCUCAAAAUGUCUUGAUAGUCAAGGAAAGAUCUUUAUGUGCAAAACUUUCUAACAUGGGCAUUAGCAAGUGCCUUGUUGGGGAUAUGUCUUCCUUGAGUCAUCAUUCAUUCAUGCCUACGUUACUCUUGGUUCAACUGACUGUAGGUAAUCUGCAAUGCAUUCUUCAGAAGGGUUUGUGGACUUGA